ACAGCUCAGUCCGACAGCUGCAGGCACAGCAACGAUACGCCGAAAGAACAAUGGGAGUCGACGUCGAGGUCAUAAAACCCGGGGAUGGGACGAGUUACCCAGGGAAAGGGCAGACGGUUACCGUGCACUACGUCGGAACGCUGACAAAUGGAAAGAAGUUUGACUCCUCCAGGGACCGGGGAGAUCCCUUCGAGUUCAAACUGGGAAAAGGACAAGUGAUUCGUGGUUGGGACGAGGGUGUAGCUCAGAUGAGCCUCGGUGAGGUGGCCAAGUUGACCUGCUCGCCGGACUAUGCGUAUGGCAGCAAAGGAUACCCACCCAUCAUCCCCGCAAAUUCCACUCUCAUCUUUGAAGUGGAGCUUCUGAAUUUUGCUUGAGUGUUUAAAUUUAAGGUUGCUCUUUUCAGUUGUUUUCAUUCCACCCACAUCUCCCAACACAAAUAACUGUUCAAUUGAAGUUGCUGUCAGAAGCAUUUAUAGACAUGAAUUAAUCAUUGUAGAAAUAAUCCGGAUAUCUUGAUUUGAUUUAGGUGCAUCACAAACAAUGGAAACCAUGCCAGUCAUAUUAUUGGUGCUACGAUGAGGCUCAGGUCUUUAAUGGAGUUCUACAAUGUUUUGGGGUUCACGAUUCUUCUUCAGAGUCAGAUGGGAAGAUUGAUAAUAUGCCUACCAGCACCUCUAUAUCUCAUUAAUACAUUCUAUAUUUUUUGCUUAAGUCAUCCAAAAAAACGAAGUGUACAGACAACGCAGGUAGGCAGGCAGCCCUUUGGAGUUAUUCUACAAGGAGCUUAACUCACUGGCUAUACCUUGAUAUUUACAAUCAGUACUACUGAUAACAGACAGGAGCAGUAUCAAUCUUAUCAUCUCACUUCUGUAAGAAGUCAUUCCCAAAAUAUUUAAUUGUUCUUGUAAAAGUCCAAAUGUUUUAAAUUGCAGCGUGUCAAAUCGUUUAAAAGAUUACAGAAUAUGAUUUAUGAAUCGAGUCAGGUCAUUUAAAAACUAUUUUUAAUCAACCGAGUUGGCCAUUCGAUGCAGCUUUGGUUGCUCUGUAAACGUUUAGGAUUUAUUUAGCCUUCAUUCCUGCACUUGCCUGCUCAUGUUUACAUGGCAAAAAAAGGCACAUAGUAAAGUCAGAAGGGGAAAAAAAACAAGGGAACAUCAAGAAAAAGCAAACCAGUGGCACUAAAUGCACGUUGGACCCAAGUCUUAUCAGCAAACCUGUGUUUACUCCAGUGUUUUAAGUAUUGUGGUAAUGAUUCUUAGUGUGUAAAAAAAAACAGAAAAUGCACAUGUAACACCUUGGUUUUUAUGUAAGCUUGUUUUUUUGCAUAACUUUAUCCCUGCAAUAGAUUCAUUUAGUUGACAGCUCAAAGAAAUUCUCAGUGUGUUUGGAAACAACUACUGUGCGUGAUUUAAUUCCUUUUUUUCAGUCUUACUUGUGUUGCCUUCUGUAGUAUUAGGAACAGAUUCUGACACCUGUGCUCCUUAAACUAUCCUCUUGGGUCGUUACCAGCUGCGACAGUGGAGCUGGUGUAAUUUUCACCCUGUGAGUCUGCCCAUCUUUGGUGUCAUUCUGGCCAAAUGUGGUCCUGGAGACAUUUACUUUAGCCCGAACUAACACAAAGACUGCUUUGAGCAUUUGUUCAGAUGCUCAUGUGUCUGCCUGUGUACAGAGAUGGUCAGGAAGAUAUCAUCACAACAGCACAACCUGUAAACUUCUAUGACCACAUAUUGCACAGUUAAUGUGUUGACAAAAUCCGACAUGUAAGCACCAGGCAAAGCGUUUAGAACUGCCAGUGAAAUAGUUCUCGCUGCUAUAGGUGUCUCUAGGAUGGCAAUUUGGAAUGAUGACGUUUACAAGGUGAUGGAAUUACACCAACUUCAGCUCCUGUCAGCGUGUGCUUGUGUAAUAACACAUUAAUUACAUUUAGUACGUAUACCAAAUGUAAUUAGUAUGGAAGCACACAUAGGUCAGACCACACCCAGCAUCAAACGUGGUCUUUGUUUUUUACACCUGCCCAAAUACUCCAAACAGCCUUGGCGGUAGUUCCGACCACACUUAUAUAUCUAACUAGUUGAAACAGGCUACGCUCUCUCAGCUGGUGUGUGUAGGUGGGCGUCACGGCUGGUGUGGUCCCAUCACAAGAUGAUCUCUAGUUUGGUUCGGCCUAAAGUGUCCUUUUGUUAUGUCAUAAUGCAAACAUUUUUUUUCUUCACUAUAUCAUCCCUUAGAAAUCAUGGUAUCUGUGGGUAUUGCAUUCUUGCAUUAAAAACAAUACACUGUACAAAU